CAUAACCCUCAGCAAUUACCCUUCGAUGUCGGUCUCAAACAAUUCGCAAAACGGUCUCUUUACCUAGCAAAAAUUCAUUUCGUUGUUCGUUAUGCACGCUCUCAACGUUGCGCUUGGGCUUGGCGCAUCCCUCUCGCUUUGUCUCGCUUCACUCCACAAUCGCGAGAUCAACGAUCCCGUCGGAAUAUACCUUGAUUCCAUGUGCUACCCGCUUUACACCAAUCAAUCCAGGACAAUAGCACUGAAACUUUCAAUCAACGAGAUGAUCCCUUCACUCGCCUUUUCUCCCUUUCCAUGCGAACAGGCAUUGUAUCUUCGAGCUAUCUGCAUCGCCAACGGAACCACCGUGGACGAUUUCCUCGCCGAACAAGAAUGCCUGUGCCAUGGCUCAUUCUUCGAAGUCACCGCUGGCUGCGAUGACUGCUUGUUUGCUCACGGAUACCAAUUGAUUACACCUCAAGAAGCUGCUGGCAACCUAUCUUCUCGCAGUGUAGCCGAAUGUGCUCCAACCCCGCCUUUUCAACCCUACACCAAUCUUAUUGGUGUUGCCAACAUCACCAGUGCGAGUUUAAGCCCGCCGUUGACUCCGGGGCAUGAUAAGUUCCCGAAUAUGACGGCUGUCAGCAACUACUUUACGGAAACUGCGAGUGCCACCCCAGGCAGUAUUACAGGAAGUGCAACUGCGAGAUUGACUAGCUGGACGAAUACAGAGGGAAAUAUUUACACACCGACGAGCAUUCCUCCUGAUUCGGGGACAGGAAGUGCGAGUGCGGUUUCUACGACAAGUUCUGGCAGUACAAGCCAGAGUACCAAUGUGGCCGCGACUAGAGGCGUGGGAGUUGUUGGGGGGCUAUUGGCUGCUGGUGUUGGGGUUAUGGCAAUCUUGUAAAGUAGUGAAGAGAGUCGCAAACAUUCAACAUAUAUGUUGAUAAGUACAAGAUAUAAUAUCACUUGACG